GGCGGAAAGCUUCUGAGCUAACGAUGAGUUUCCAGCACUCCUUUUCGGUGCUUAGGCUAUGCACGCUGUCGCCUUCUACGCCUAAGCUUCUAUCAUUCAGAACCUGUAGCAUCGCAAAGCUGCAGUUGUUUAGGAUAAGAGCAUUUGGAACAGCCGCCGUCGCCGCCGAGAAGAAUGGCGGCGACACCUUCUUCGCCGAGGAAAACGUUUCCUGGACGUCGCUCGGCGUUUCGGAACGCCUGUCUCGAUCUCUCUCAAGUAUUGACCUUCAUAGGCCCUCUCUGGUUCAGGCUGCUUGCAUACCGAGUAUACUUUCUGGAGCUGAUGUGGUGGUUGCUGCAGAGACUGGUAGUGGCAAAACCCAUGGGUACCUGGUUCCCUUGAUUGAUAAGGUAUGCCAAAGUUCUGGUAUAUCGGGGGAAGGUGGUGUUGGCCGGGAAGCAAACAAGUCCCGUCAACUUUCUCUUGUUCUCUGUCCAAAUGUCAUGCUGUGUGAGCAAGUGGUUCGAAUGGCUAAUUGUCUUCGUAAUGAUGGUGGCGAACCUGUCCUCAGGGUUGCUGCUGUUUGUGGCCGACAGACUUGGCCAGUGAAAGAACCAGAUAUAAUGGUGUCAACACCAGCUGCAAUUUUGAAUUAUCUUUAUACAAUUGAAGCUGAGAAUCAUGGCCGAUCUGACUUUAUACGUUGUGUGAAACAUGUGGUUUUUGAUGAGGCAGACAUGCUCCUUUGUGGCAGUUUCCAAAACCAAGUUAUUCGGCUCUUGAAUAUGCUUCGUUUUGAUGAAAAGCAGUUGUCCCGCUUAAGAAAUUCUGACGCUGAGAUAGUGACGGGCUCAAUUCCUGAUUCUCCUCUCGGUUCUGAUCAGGAGGACAACAGGGACCUAAUAUCAGAUUUCAGCAAAGAAGUAGAUGAUACUGAAGAUGAUGCUCGUGUAAUGGACUCAGAAGUUGAUAGCAAGGUUGCAAAGAGAACAGAUUGGCGAAGAGUGAGAAAAACAUACAAGCGAAGUAAGCAGUACAUUUUUGUUGCUGCCACGCUUCCUGUGAAUGGAAAGAAAACUGCUGGAGCAGUGUUAAAACGGAUGUUUCCUGACGCAAGCUGGGUCAGUGGAAACUACCUCCAUUGCCACAACCCAAGGUUGGAACAGAAGUGGAUUGAAGUUACAAUUGACACUCAGGUGGACGCUUUAAUAAGCGCUGUGAGAAAUGGAAUCCAGUCCGUAUUAAAUGAUGGGUCUGGAAUACUUCGAACAAUGGUGUUUGCAAACACUGUUGAUGCAGUGGAAGCUGUUGCUAAAGUCUUGACGGGAUCUGGGAUUGAAUGUUUCUGCUACCACAGUAAUAGCUCGUUGGAGGAGCGAACAAAAAAUUUAAUCAGUUUCCAGCAGAAAGGGGGCGUUUUUGUGUGCACCGAUGCUGCUGCACGUGGUCUUGACGUCCCAAAUGUUUCACAUGUUAUUCAGGCGGAAUUCGCUACAUCUGCUGUAGAUUUUUUGCAUAGGGUUGGCCGUACAGCAAGAGCAGGUCAACCCGGGCUUGUUACAAGUCUGUAUAAUGAAUCGAACAGGGAACUCGUUGCCACCGUUCGUCUAGCUGAAAAGCGGGGUCAACCUGUGGAGAAGGCAUUUAGUCGAAAGAGGAGCUUCCGAAACAAGCUUAAGAAGAGAGGGUUUAGCAACAUGAAUGAUGUAGAAUCCGUUGAAGAGAAUGUUCUUGCAUGAUAUAUAUAUACAUCGGAAUAUGUGGAUAAAUCUGUAUUUCCUCGUUGAGGGAAUUCUUCGCCAUUGCUAGAGGUACAGAGAAUUACAGGCUCUUUUGACAAGCUGGGCUGUGAAGAAGAAGAAGAGAUGGAGGUUUCUUGGAGCAGAGUUGAAGAAAAGAUCUCAACCAUUUGAUGAUUCUCUUCUGGGAGUGCAAGUAAGGCUCUAACACUGCUCUUUUCCAAGCCUUUCAUUUGUGACAUUUUCAAUCGACAGGAAAUUAAUCAAAAAAAAUAUUUGUAAUUUUUUUUUAUUCAAAGUAAUUUUUGACUAUGAAACUGUAUUUUAUGUUGUAAAAAUUUCCUUGUUAUUGUAAAAAGGAUAAUAACCUAACAAUAAAUGUUCUUUUUACUAAAUAAGAUUUGUUGUGUUUAUUUAGUGU